GUGCUUUGAACUCUAUGGAUUGGUUCGAUUUUUCUCAGGAGAAGGCGGGGCGUGGGGGGAAGAGAAGUAAAAACCCCCAAAGUCUACGGUAAAGUACCCCUCCGCCGUGGCCGGAGCUGGAGAAGGAAGCCGGCGGAGUGCUGAGCUUGAUCAUAGAGAGGACCGCGCCUCCGGAUUCCUAGGCGGGCACCGGAAGUAGCCUCGUGGUCCUGGGCGCCUUUUGCUCUGUGGUCUUGGGUUCCUGGGUGACCCGGCAGGAUGGUGGCUUCAUGUGUUCCCUUAACUACUGCCAGGGCUAGUCUCCAGGGAGCACCAGCUAUUCCCCAGAGCUGCGGGUGAGCAGUCGGGCUUUUCCUCAUCCAAGCUGCAGAACGCCCCGUCUGUGUCGUCCCGCCCGGCAGAGGUGGGACCGGGAGGAGUCUGUCUCUGCGGCUUGGGUGUCUUGGUCUCCCCCCAGCACGUGCACGCACUGCUUGGAGUGCUCUGAUCUUAAGGUUCUUCCUGAUUCCUGGGAUGUAAGACAAGUGAAUCCUAUCCUGAGCCAUUACAGUCUAAGAUGUCCACCAAGUUGAGAGAAGGUGCAGCUUUGACUCCUGUGGUCUACACUCGAGAGGAGCAAGAGGGUCUGAGAAUAGUAAAGGUAGAGGAAGAAGAGGACCAUGCUUGGGAGCAGAAGCCUGGACAGCUAGAGAAUGUGUAUCCAUAUCAGGAACUCUUCCGCCAGUGCUUCAGGCAGUUCCGUUACCAGGAGGCCCCUGGACCUCGAGAGGCUCUAAGCCGGCUCCAGGAGCUCUGCCAAAAGUGGCUGCAGCCUGAGAUACACAGCAAGGAGCAGAUCCUGGAGCUCCUGGUGCUGGAGCAGUUCCUGACCAUCCUCCCCGAGGGCCUUCGGGCCCAGGUACUGGGAUAUCAUCCAAGGAGUGGAGAGGAAGUGGUGACUAUGCUGGAAAAUCUGGAGACAGAACUUGGAGACAAAGGACAACAGGUCCAAGCCACUGCAUACUACAAACAAGAAGUACCUUGGAAAGAAGUAGGACCUGUAAGCCUCACAGAUCAGUCACUGACCGUCCAGCUAAAGUGUGAUCCUUGGGAGCAUAUUCCUCUACAAGAGAAUGUAGGAGGUGAGGCCAGGAAUAUGACUGGUGAAUUUGCUCCAAAGCACAUUUCUGCAGAAGACAAUUCAUUGGAUGCUUUCCAGGAUCCAAAGUGUGGAGAAACUUUUCAAUAUAGAGGUAAAUCAGAACAGCAAAAGGUCAACCCCACAAGAGUAAAACGACACAAAUGUAAGGAGUGUGGAAAGGCCUUUGCUCAGAGCUCAGGACUUGUUCGACACUGGAGAAUUCACACUGGAGAGAAACCUUAUAAAUGCAAUCAAUGUGGAAAAGCUGUCAGUUAUAAAUCAGCCCUUCUUUCACAUCAGGAAAUUCAUAAUAAAAUAAAACGGUAUCAGUGUAAUGAAUGUGGGAAAGCCUUCAGUCAAAACACAGGCCUGGUUCUUCAUCAGAGGAUCCAUACUGGAAAGAGACCUUAUGGGUGUAAAGAGUGUGGUAAAUCCUUUAGUCAAAGUUCACACCUUAUUGGACAUCUGAGGAUCCAUACUGGAGAGAAACCCUUCAAAUGUAAUGAAUGUGAGAGGGCCUUCACUCAGAGGUCAGGACUCAUGGAGCAUCAGAGAAGUCACACUGGAGAGAAGCCCUAUACGUGUAAGGAGUGUGGGAAAGCUUUCCGAGGGAGCACCAGCCUUACUCAGCACCUGAGGAUCCACACUGGGGAGAAGCCCUAUCAGUGUGAGGAAUGCGGACGAGCCUUCAUUCAGAGAUCAAGCCUUGUUCGUCAUCAGAGGGUCCACAGAGGGCAGAAGUCUGUGUCUGUGUCCUGAUUGUAAGAAGGCCUUUAAUCAUAAAUCAAGCCUUACUGAACACUUUAGAAAGCUAUGCCUAAUACAGACCCUAUCACUGUGUAAUAAAUUCGAGAAAUCGGGGAUAUCUCCUUUACCAUUGUUACUCUACAUAGUCAAAUUAGAAGAGAUGGUAAUAAACAUCAGAAUGAAAGAAGGUA